AUGUCGCCGCCGACUAACGGUGGCACCGCAACGCCCGCCGGCUAUGCAUCCUCCAUGACCGUCGUCUCGGACCAUGACGUCGAAGCCCAGCCCUCGCCCGACGUCAACCGCGUCUCCUACCUCCGCCGGUUCCUCGACCAGGCCGGCGUGACCCCCGCCGUCGCCAACCACACCUACCCGGGCAAAGGCACCGCCGAGUCCCCUUUCGUCGUCGACUUCCUGGCUGACGACGCCUACGACCCCUUCCGCUUCUCCGAGGGCCGCAAGUGGCUCAUCAUCGCCAUCCAGGCCACCGCCACCCUCGCCGUCUCCUUCGCCUCCUCCGCCUACUCAGGCGGCAUCCGCGAGAUCAUCCUCGACUUCCGCGUCUCCCAGGAGGUCGCUAUCCUCGGCGUCUCCCUCUUCGUCCUAGGCUUCGCCCUCGGCCCGCUCCUGUGGGCGCCGCUCUCUGAGGUCGUCGGCCGCCAGAAGCUGUUUUUCAUCAGCUACCUUGCCCUCACCGCGUUCAACGCGGGCGCCGCCGGCGCGAACAGCAUGGCCGCGCUGAUUGUGCUGCGCUUCUUCGCCGGUGCCUUUGGCUCCUCGCCGCUGACCAACGCCGGCGGCGUCAUCGCGGACAUCUUCUCGGCUGAGGAGCGCGGCAAGGCCGGCGCCAUCUUCUCGAUGGCGCCGUUCCUGGGCCCCGCGCUCGGACCGAUCGCAGGUGGCUUCCUCGGCCAGUCCAAGGGCUGGCGCUGGGUCGAGGGCAUGAUCGCCAUCUUUUGCGGCGUCGUCUGGAUUGCCAGCACCGUGACGUACCCGGAGACGUACGCCCCGGUCCUGCUCCGCAAGCGCGCCGCGAAGCUCAGCAAGAUGACCGGAAAGGUCUACGUUAGCAAGUUUGACGCUCAUGGACCUCCUCGCAACGCUGCCGCGCAGUUCAAGGUUUCCAUUACUCGCCCUUGGAUUCUUCUCGUCAAGGAGCCCAUUGUCCUUCUCACAUCGAUCUACAUCGCCAUCAUUUACGGUACAUUGUACCUGUGCUUCGCCGCCUUCCCUAUUGUCUACCAGCUUGGCCGUGGCUGGAGCCCCGGUAUCGGUGGUCUCGCUUUCAUCGGCAUCGCGAUUGGUAUGGUCAGUGCGACUCUUUAUGCCGUUUUCGACAACCAACGCUAUAAGCGGGUGGCGGCGACAUAUCCCAAUGGCGUUGCUCCUCCUGAGGAAAGACUGCCACCUGCUAUUCUCGGUUCUAUCUUGCUUCCAGUUGGCCUCUUUUGGUUUGCCUGGACCAAUGGUCCCGAAAUUCACUGGGCCGUCUCCAUCGUCGGCUCCGGCUUCUUCGCCGCAGGCAUCCUACUCGUCUUCCUCCCUCUCCUCAACUAUCUCAUCGACUCUUAUGUCAUCUACGCUGCCUCAGUGCUGGCAGCAAACUCGGUUCUACGAUCCCUCUUUGGCGCAGCUUUCCCCCUCUUCACGACGUACAUGUACAAGGACCUUGGCAUCCACUGGGCCAGCUCCAUCCCGGCUUUCCUGGCGCUUGCCUGCCUUCCCUUCCCCUUCCUCUUCUACAAGUAUGGCGCCAAAAUCCGUGCUCGCUGCGAGUAUGCGUCCGAGGCUUCUCGCAUCAUGGAGAAGAUGAGGGCAGCUUCCGCGGCUGCUGGGCCCAGAAGUGAAGAAGAGGCAGAGGCCGAGGCCGAGGCUGAAGUCGAGGUUGAAGAUGCGGCGAAGGCGGCAGAGAAGAAAGAGCAGGAGCCUGCAUCAAAGUAG